CAGCGCUGAUAGCAGCCGGCAGCCGAGCCAGCGCAGUGCAGCGCCGGACGCCGACCAGCGAGGGUGCUGUGCAGCAGCCGACAUGGAUGACAGCGUCAUAGUCCCGACAGCGAAGCGAUGGAAGGCAGUUGUGGCCCAGGUUGGAGCCGGACUCGUGGCCAACUUCGCUUGCCUGGCGCCAGCCAUGAGUCUCGGAUUCUCAGCAGUUGCACUGCCCGUCAUGAAGCAAGGGAUCGGAAACCCUCCCAUCACUGAGGAACAGGAGUCAUGGAUAGCCAGCCUGGCGGCGAUCGCGACUCCGUUCGGCUGCCUGGCGUCGGGCCCGCUGCUGGACAGGUUCGGGCGCAAGGUGACGCUGCUGCUGAUCAACGUGCCGGGGCUCCUGGGCUGGCUGCUCGUCGCCACGGCGCCCGACGGGCCCUCCUUCCUCGCGCAGCUCUACGCCGGCCGCAUCUUCACCGGCAUCUCUUCCGGCAUGGCCAGCAUCCCGGCCACCGUCUACGCCGCGGAAAUAGGCGACAGCUCUCUGCGCGGCAUGCUCGUCACGUGGACGUCCGCGGCGAUCGCUACGGGCGUGCUGAUCGUGUACGUGCUGGGGUACUUCCUACAAGAGAAGUGGCGCGUGACGGCGGCGAUCUGCGCGCUGUUCCCGGUGCUGGCGGCGGUGCUGGCGGCGCCGCUGCCCGAGAGCCCGUCGUGGCUGGCGUCGCGCGGCCGCUACGACGACGCCGAGGCGGCGCUGCGCCGGCUGCGCUGGCUGCCGCGCGACGCGCCGCUGCCCGGCCGCGUGCAGGAGCAGCUCGACGACUUCGUGUCGGCCGGCAGCCAGAGCCGCGCGCGCCAGGCGGACGCCAACUGGCUGCGCCGCAUCAGGGCCGCCUUCCUGCAGCGCCGCACGCUCCGCCCCCUGCUCAUCAUGAACGCCUUCUUCUUCUUCCAGCAGUUCUCGGGCAUAUUCGUCGUCAUAUUCUACGCGGUCGACGUGGUUCGGGAAGCGAACGUCACCAUCGACGACUACUUAGCUGCGGUGCUAAUAGGCGUUACGAGAUUAGUGGCGACCCUUUCCAUGUCCUACGUGUCGAAGAAAUUCGGGCGGCGACCUCCGGCUAUCGUUUCUGGCGCCGGCAUGACGUUGUGCAUGGGUAUUUUAGCGACGUACUUAACUCUAACCACUAGUGAAAACUUCGGGGCGCACGUAGCUGAGAAUUUUCGCUGGAUACCGAUCGUAUCUUUACUGCUGUACAUCCUCGCGAGUACUAUCGGGUUUUUAACUCUCCCUUGGGCGAUGAUAGGGGAGCUUUUCCCCGCCGACGUCAGGGGCCUGGCGAGUGGACUCACGACGUGUAUAGCUUACGUCUUCAGCUUCGUCGCGUUAAAGAUCUACCCAGAUAUGCUGCGUGCGUUCACGAAACAAGGUGUCUUUUUCUUUUACGGCGCCGUUUCUCUCUUAGGAACUAUUUACGUAAUUUUGUUCCUUCCGGAGACAAAAAAUAAAACCCUGGCCGAAAUAGAAGAGUAUUUCACGAAGCCCAAAAAAACCGACAUUGCUACUCAGAAAAGAGAACAGGAGGAUGACACUUUUACAGAAAGUGACCACCUAACGCGACCGCAGAAUGGAGCAGUUCAGAAGCCUUCUUAUGAAGUGUCCUAGUCCCUUCCGAUAAUGCUGUGUGAAAGUGAAAGAAGAAAAUGUACGGAAAACGUCGUGCAGAAAAGACUGAUUGACAUCAUUGUGUUCCUUUGCUCCAGUAACACUGAGCAGAGACUUUCUCGUUUCACUUAUGAACUAGUACAGUUCUGUCACAUAUCGAGCUCUCUUCUGACACUAGAGAGAGAGAGAGAGAGAAGAUAGCCAGACUAUAUCAUUAGUGUUGAUGAGAUACAUAACACUGAUUUCGUUCACGCCCAUCAAUUUCGUACAUAAUGAUAUUAAAAAUGAAGACUGUUUUGUGAAUAUUUCUUGAAAGAGGCUUAUUUAUGAAUGUUUUUAUUUUUAUUUUUGUGUCUAUUACUCUGAAAGAACUAUCUGUAGGAAGAAAAAUUUCAAGUAAUGUGGCUUAUAAUGUGGCUUAUGAGAAGUCCCAGCACAGCGUUCGUUUAACAGAACUGUUAAAGAUGUCUUAUAACUGAUGCUGUAAGAUACUCGUUAUUCGUGUUCAGCUUUCAAUAAGACCGUGGUAAAAAUAUCUUGCACAAGAAGCACACACUCACCGUCAGUCAAAACAGUGCGGCAGCCUUCAGCUGUAUUCAGUUUGCAAGGAGAGGAACGAGUAACAUGUGAGAGAUGUGAAUAGAAGGGAAAAACAAAUACUGAAAACAUGGGAAAUCAUCGUUCUCCUAGUCGUUCGUGGUUCAACUACACCAGCUGUGAGAUACUAUGCGAUCGCGUACAUUGUGGUCCUCUCUUGUAAUAUUGCAUUUCCAUCAAUUCCUUUAAAACGUCGUGGUUUCUGUGGUCAACAUAGCCAACUACGCCUUUACAUUGGUUAGAUUAGGAGAAUAUUCUGCAUGGAACCUUUUUUUUUCCUAGUAGUUGCGCGUAGGCAGUUUUCUAUACCUCAUUAUCAUUUGAAACAUGAUUUGUUAUUUCUUCUUCCGUUACCGAUUGUUGAAUUCAAGAAGAGACUUUUAGUGGUCCCGAAAUUACUGCACUGCAUAGUUACAACCUCAGAUUUCUUGCAUGCGGUACAAUUUACGAAAAUCCGUGUGUAAUUAGAUCAUUACCCAUUCUAAACGUUUAAAAGCGGCAGAUAAUGAUCUUCAGCACGUAGCAGUCGUGAAACGAGUACACAGGCCGAAGAAAAAAUUAUCUAUUGUCAAGUUAACUGUCUCUAUUAUAUCAAUAGUAUCCAUGUUGGAACGUACUACCAGCGCCGGCUGUUAUUGUGAACCUUCCUGUUCAGUAUGCGCGUUACUCCAACGCGCGCGUAUCUCCUUACGUUAUACAAAAGACGUGUGUCACUAGUUAUUCCUUUAAACACCAGGUCAGCUCGUCGAAGUAUUUCCGUUAAAACACUCUCUUUCCUACUAGGAUACAAAAACAGCAUCGCCCUCACUAACUUCUUGUUUCUCCCACGCAAAUUUAAUAGUAUUCACAGUGGCGUAAAACUUGUGAGUUUCGACGAGUUACUUAACUGUGUUGAAACGUUUUUCCGAAGGACGACUAUCCCAGUGUUCAACAAUGAAAUGGUAUUAAAAACUACAUGUAUCUGCAUUCUUAAUUAAAAAAAUGAAUUGCUGCUUUUAAGACCUUUUAAUUUUAACGGGAGCUAAAAUAUAUACCUAUUAUAAAAAUAUAAUUGCCACAAAGCUCAACAUUUUGACGAUAAGAUGCUUUAAAUUAUUCUCGAAAUGGUUUCGGUAGCAAAAAUCUUAUCUACACAAGAAGUUGUUUAGCAUUCAGUGUCUCAGUCACUGGAAUCCUACUUUUUAAAGCAGCCAAGAUGCUCUUCAUGUUAGUCUGUGAACACAACUCCGAAAUAUUUAUAAAGGUGAGAAAAAUGUAAAUGACACUAACAGUAGCAUUCAUGCAUCCUCUAAAAUUUACAAGAAGUACUCAAUGAAGAAAAAUUGUUAAAGUUAAAUUGUUCAAAAGUUGUAAACCUCUAGAAAUGUAAUUAUGAAAUAAAGUACGUAUUUUUCUUAUUUCAA